AUGGUCAACUCCUGUUGUGGCUCCGUCUGCUCUGACCAGGGCUGUGGCCAGGAGACCUGCUGCCAACCCAGCUGCUGCCAGACCACCUGCUGCAGGACCACCUGCUGCCGCCCCAGCUGCUGUGUGUCCAGCUGCUGCAGGCCCCAGUGCUGCCAGUCUGUGUGCUGCCAGCCCACCUGUUGCCGCCCCAGCUGCUGCCAGCCCACCUGUUGCCGCCCCAGCUGCUGCAUUUCUAGCUGCUGCCGCCCCAGCUGCUGUGUGUCCAGUUGCUGCCAGCCGCAGUGCUGCCAGCCCACCUGCUGCCAGUCUGUGUGCUGCCAGCCUACCUGUAGCCGUCCCAGCUGUUGCAUUUCUAGCUGCUGCCGCCCCAGCUGCCAUGUGUCCAGCUGCUGCCAGCCCCAGUGCUGCCAGCCCACCUGCUGCCGCCCCUGCUGCUGCCUGCGUCCAGUCUGUGGCCGAGUCUCCUGCCACACCACUUGCUAUCGCCCAACCUGUGUCAUCUCCACCUGCCCCCGGCCCUUGUGCUGCGCCUCCUCUUGCUGCUGA